CUGCACUGUGGAAAAGUGCACGAGAUUCCGGGAUUGGAAUCAAAAUGCUAAUUUAAAAGGUCAAGUAGAGCGGCGCUCACGUUUUGCCUUGAGUUCCAAGCAAGCACAGAAGACAAAGACCCUGCCCAGGAAGGUAGACGCAGAGACUCAUCCGGUUCUUUCCCGAAAUCUAGUCAUGCCUGAAAUGCCAGAAGACAUGGAACAGGAGGAAGUGAAUGUUCCCAGCAGGCGAGUUCUGGUUACUGGUGCCACUGGGCUUCUUGGUAGAGCUGUGUACAAAGAAUUUCAGCAGAACAACUGGCAUGCAGUUGGUUGUGGUUUUAGAAGAGCAAGGCCAAAAUUUGAACAGGUUAAUCUGUUGGAUUCAGAAGCAGUUCAUCACAUCAUUCAUGAUUUUCAGCCUCAUGUCAUAGUACAUUGUGCAGCAGAGAGAAGACCAGAUGUCGUGGAGAACCAGCCAGAUGCUGCCUCUCAGCUUAAUGUGGAUGCUUCUGGGAAUUUAGCAAAGGAAGCAGCUGCAGUUGGGGCAUUUCUCAUCUACAUUAGCUCAGAUUAUGUGUUUGACGGAACAAAUCCACCUUAUAGAGAGGAAGACAUACCAGCUCCCCUAAAUCUGUAUGGCAAAACAAAAUUGGAAGGAGAAAAAGCCGUCCUGGAGAAUAAUUUAGGAGCUGCUGUUUUGAGAAUUCCUGUUCUGUAUGGGGAGGUUGAAAAGCUUGAAGAAAGUGCAGUCACUGUUAUGUUUGAUAAAGUGCAGUUCAGCAACAAGUCAGCAAACAUGGACCACUGGCAGCAGAGGUUUCCCACCCACGUCAAGGACGUAGCCACUGUGUGUCGGCAACUGGCAGAGAAGAGAAUGCUGGAUCCAUCGAUUAAGGGAACAUUCCAUUGGUCUGGCAACGAGCAGAUGACAAAGUAUGAAAUGGCCUGUGCGAUUGCAGACGCUUUCAACCUCCCCAGCAGUCACUUAAGACCAAUUACUGACAGCCCUGUCUUAGGAGCACAACGUCCAAGAAAUGCUCAGCUUGACUGUUCCAAAUUGGAGACCCUGGGCAUUGGUCAGCGAACGCCAUUUCGAAUUGGAAUUAAAGAAUCACUCUGGCCUUUCCUCAUUGACAAGAGAUGGAGGCAAACUGUUUUUCAUUAGUUUAUGUACAUUUGUGAUUUUUUUGUUUUAAUGAAAAGUAUGAUACGUGGCACUUUUUAAAGAAAAAAGGAAAUAGUUUUGUAUGAGUACUCUUCAGUUUGUGACUCACGGUUUUUCAGGUAAAUGAUGCUCUUGCACUGGUGAAGAUGUGUAAAGAAGUUUAAAGGGCAUUGAUGCCUCAUUUGCAUUAAUGAUUUUUCUCUUUAUCAUUUUGUUUUGGUUUACUUUGAAGUUGGAAUAAAAUUAAGAUUCUUAAAUAUCUGAGAGCCAGGAUGAAACAGAUCUGCUGUAACCUUAUUUUGGAUGAAAUGCCUUGUUCACUACUAUAACUUUCCUAUUUUCAGGGUUUACUUGUUUAUGCCGCUGUUGACUAUUGUAUGUUGAUAGUUUUCAAGUGUGUUAAAUUGUAUAAAAAUCAUUGGUGUUCAUUAUUUGCUUGAGCUCAGAUCAAAUGUUUGAAGAAAGAACCUUUAUUUUUGCAACUUAAGUACAAUUUUUAUGCUUGAGAUACUUCAACAUGUUAUGUAUAGCGGAACUCCUGCAGCCUGAUACCCCUGCUUUUGUAGCAGUGUACGGUAAGCACUCAAGAGUGUGUAUGUGUAUUUUUUUAAUAUAAAUAUAUAACUGUCCUUUUCACUCCAUGUUGCUAAGUGAUAUUUCAUAUGUGGUUGUACUAAUAACGACCCUUGUAAGUCUUGACCACUCAUGAAUAAUAAAUACGUAACGUUGGCAUGUAA